AUGUUCUUCAACGCCUUGGAUCUGACCACUGCACUCCGCCCGUCACUGUUGCCAGACGAGACUCUUCUCUUUGUGCAAGAUCAGGUGGGGUUGUAUGAAGGGAAGUACAAGAUUCCGGAUUACCAGUCCGGCCAUGCCUAUCUCACAUCGCAUCGGAUAUGCUAUGUUGACGAUGACCAGCCUCGAAAAUACUCAAUUGCGAUGGAGUUGAAAUAUGUAGAUCGCGUUGAAUAUCAGGCUGGUUUCUUGAAAUCAUCGCCCAAAAUAACGAUAUACCCAAAGCCAUCGAGACGGGGCCGUGGUCAAAAUCGUAACUCAACCGGAGAGUUGGUCACCCCUCAAGGACCAAAGUCUGGCUCACCAGGAAACCCAUCUUCACCAUUCGUCAGGAGUGGCAGUCCGUUUCACUCACAAAGUGCUUCUGCCACGAGGAUUUCUAAUGCAACAUGGGUUUGCCCAAUAUGUACAUAUUCAAACCCCCUACCUUUGAAUUUUGAUCCUGCAACUGCGAAUGCCUCGAUGACGCAGCCACCGUGCCUGGCUUGCGGUAUAAAACCUCCGUUUACCACCCUGUUGAAAGCAGCAAUUACGUCUGCAGCUAGUAAUGGAGCGCAGAGCACUUCUUCGACAUUCACUUCGCCACAAGGAAACCAAAGUGGUUCGAGUAGACCUGGAAGAAAUGGGGCCUCGUUAUCCCCCGUCAACUCUUCCCAUUUCCCUUCUUCGUCAAUCGAUUCAGAGGUUGCUUGCCCAAGAUGUACCUUCGCAAACCACCCUUCCUUAUUAGAGUGUGAAAUAUGUGGCGCGUCCCUCAAAAGACUAGAUCAUCCUGCUGGCGUCCAAAACCUAGAUCGUUCGGGCUCCCCAGCUCCAUUGUUUGGAACAACCAACCUAGAUAACACCGAAGUGUAUGAGAGCGUCAAAUUGUCCUUCCGCGGAGGUGGUGAGAAGAUAUUUCAUGAAAGGCUAAGAAAUGCCUUGGUGCAGCGAAAAUGGAUUCUCCAUGAUGCCCCACCGGUCCCGAAGGCAACCCCUCCCCCGGCAUCUUCUGUACCAGGAAGUGACUCCAAAGUAUUUGGCCAACGUUCCUUGCGUCCUGCAGUUGGGAUUGCAGGGCUCGAGCGACGUGACCUCGAGGCACGACAGAACAACCAAGUUGUCCUUGGCAGUGCCUUCGAGGAUCUGGAAGCGCUUAUGGCAUCAGCUAAGGAAAUUGUCGCGCUGGCUGAAAGUUUUGCUGCGGAAUCUGGCCUUGCAUCAAAGGGCAGCAGUUCACCUGAAGCAAGCGUCGUCCUAUCACAAUCCGCUGCUGCCCUUGGUAUGACUAUUACGAAGGACAUGCUAGGACCCGGAGGCAGUUCGGAAACUCUAUAUCUCAGUGAGCUCUCUCGCAACCUCGCAGAGUUCCUGACAGAUGAUCGCAAAGGCGUCCUCCACCGCGAAGGCGGUAUCAUGAGUCUAAUCGACCUGUGGGCUGUGUUCAAUCGCAGUCGCAAUGGCGUCGAGCUCGUGAGCCCGUCCGAUUUCCAAAAGGCUGCCGAGUUGUGGGAGAAGCUGAAGCUCCCCGUGCGCCUACGUCGGUUCAAGAGCGGCCUUCUUGUCGUCCAGCGUUUUGAUUGGACGGAUGAGAAGACCAUCGGGCAGCUGCAGGCAUGGUUUGAAGAAUUACGUGCUACACCUGCAUCUGAUGAGGUUCUUUCUUGGGAUUGGCGCAUGUAUGGCAGAGGCGUCACAGCUCAAGAGGCCGCGGAGCGGUUCGGAUGGAGCGUCGGUGUCGCUGCGGAAGAACUGGAGAUGGCUGAAGAUCAGGGAGUGCUCUGUCGAGAGGAAGGGAUUGAAGGAUUGCGAUUUUGGAGUAAUCAUAUCGUUGAUGUGGAUAGCUUUGAGAGAAUAGGCGUUGUUAGUAGCUCUCGCCCAUCCUUUUCUCAGAUGUUUGUUUGA